GCAACUGGGGCUUUCUCGGCUUGGGGUGCUGCCUCUCUGGGAGAUAAUUUUGUUUCUCGCCGUGUCCCGGCGAAGGAGUUUGUGUUCUGCGCUGUUAGAGGCCUCCCGCCAGCUUGUUUGAUUGCCUGGGAAGUCAGCGCGGCUGCCACUCAGAGCCGAACACGUCAGGCUCGGAAGUGGGGCAGUCUUGGGUGCUGAAUUUCAAUCCCUUCUUGGGCCUGUUAUUUUUAGCUUCUAAGGGCUUUGCAGAAGCUGUAGUAGCAGUCGUCAAAUCUAGCUACUUCGGAUCUGUGAUGCAGGAAGGGUGCCAUGCACAGCCGUGUGCCUGGCUGGCCGCUGCCCCCGUUGCUAUAUUUUGGGUAUCCCAGAGUGUAUUCUCUGUGCCUUGUUGUUAUGCGUAGCUGUUAUGGCUCCCAAAAAGAUGCCCCCAAAAAAGGGAGGUGAUGGAAUUAAACCUCAUCCAAUCAUUGGAAGAUUUGGGACAUCCCUGAAAAUUGGCAUUGUUGGAUUGCCAAAUGUUGGGAAAUCUACCUUUUUCAAUGUAUUAACCAAGAGUCAAGCUGCAGCAGAGAACUUCCCUUUCUGCACUAUUGAUCCAAAUGAGAGUAGAGUACCUGUGCCAGAUGACAGAUAUGAUUUCCUCUGUCAGUAUCAUAAGCCUCCAAGCAAAAUUCCAGCUUUUCUGAAUAUAGUGGAUAUUGCUGGCCUUGUGAAAGGAGCCCAUGCUGGACAGGGACUAGGAAAUGCCUUUUUGUCGCACAUUAGCGCCUGUGAUGGAAUCUUUCAUCUACUGCGAUCAUUUGAUGAUGAUGAUAUCACACACAUUGAAGGAAGCGUUGAACCAGUUCGAGACAUUGAAAUAAUACAUGAAGAACUUAGGCUAAAAGAUGAGGAAAUGAUCAUGCCCAUUAUAGACAAACUAGAAAAAGUGGCUGUACGAGGAGGUGACAAGAAAUUAAAACCUGAAUAUGACAUAAUGUGCAAAGUCAAAAGCUGGGUAAUAGAUGAAAAAAAGCCAGUCCGUUUCUAUCAUGAUUGGAAUGACAAAGAGAUUGAUGUGCUGAACAAACACUUGUUUUUAACUUCAAAACCAAUGAUCUAUUUGGUUAACCUCUCUGAAAAAGACUAUAUUAGAAAGAAAAACAAAUGGUUGAUAAAAAUUAAAGAGUGGGUGGACAAGCAUGACCCAGGUGCCUUGGUCAUUCCUUUUAGUGGGGCCUUGGAACUCAAGUUGCAAGAAAUGAGUGCUGAGGAGAAACAGAAGUAUCUGGAAGAGAACAUGACACAAAGUGCUUUACCAAAGAUCAUUAAGGCUGGGUAUGCAGCACUCCAACUAGAAUACUUUUUCACUGCAGGCCCCGAUGAAGUGCGUGCGUGGACCAUCAGGAAAGGGACAAAGGCUCCUCAGGCUGCAGGAAAGAUUCACACUGAUUUUGAAAAGGGAUUCAUUAUGGCUGAGGUAAUGAAAUUUGAAGAUUUUAAAGAAGGAGGCUCAGAAUCAGCUGUCAAGGCUGCUGGGAAAUACAGACAACAAGGCAGAAAUUACAUAGUUGAAGAUGGAGAUGUUAUCUUCUUUAAAUUUAACACACCUCAACAGCCUAAGAAGAAAUGAAUAUUAGAUCUUUUCAUUAUUCAAAAUUAAACACUGUUACUUUAAAAAGCAUAUGGGUUUUUAUUUAGAUAGGGAUAUCGUGGGAAAAAAAUCUGAUGUGUGUACCUAAGGACAAAUAAUCCCCACAAAUGAGAUCCUUCAUGUUUGUUUUGAGUUAAAUUAUGACACCUUCAGUGAAUGUACAGGUUCACUUAAAUGUGAACAGCCCUGCAUUUCAAAUGAUUAAGGCUACUCCAAAUUGCAGGAGCUUUUCAGAAACCAUAUUAUUCUCAUGAUACUUCAUUAAUCUCCAUCAUAUAUGCCAAGCCUGACAUGUUUGACAGUGAGGACAAUGUGGCUUGCUCCUUUUUGAAUCUACAGAUAAUGCAUGUUUUACAGUACUCCAGAUGUCUACACUCAAUAAAACAUUUGACAAAACCAG